AUGCCACGUAAGCUACGUAAGAAUAUACGUAAGAGGAAGAGAGCAUUGAAACAUCCAAUAGUAAAACUGACACCACAACAACAGUUGCAACAACAAAUAAUGAAUGACCCCACUAUGUUGCAACAAAUGUCAAGCAAUCCUAUGCUUUUAAACCGAGUUCUUGGUGCACAGAGUGGAGGUUUAAGAGCGGCACUUUUAGCGAAAAUGGCAGGCUAUGGUGGAGCUGCAGACGGAACAGCCUAUAACCCUCAAAGUCAAAUGAAUUUGAGUUCACUCAAAAAUCAAAUAACAGAUGUCAAAAAGUCAAACAUAGACAUACAGAAACAAAUAAGUGAAAACGAAAAGAAACUAGAAUAUGACAGACACACAAAGAAACUCAAUGAGUUAAACGUAGAGAAAAAGAAGAAAGAAGAACAACUGAAAGAACUAAGUACAGAGGAAUAUGCGAAAAAAGUGUCAGAAAAAGCAGCAGAAGUAGCAAAAAUGGAACAAGAUGUUAUAAAUUUGAAAAACCAUACUACUCAAUAUAAAGUACUGAAAGAUGAAGAGAUAAAACAAAAAGCCCUGAAGACAUAUAUGGAUAGCGAUGAGUAUAAAAAAGAAGUUGAAGCAAAUGUAAAGGCAGAAAAACUUUUACAGUUGCAAAACCAAACCGUACAGUAUGAAAACUUAG